AUGGCGAUCACAUUGUUGAGCCUGGCUAUACUCCCUGUACUUUAUUAUACAACUGUCAUCGUCUACCGACUAUUCUUCCAUCCACUCGCAAAAGUCCCGGGACCCAAGCUCCUUGCGAUAUCCAGCCUACCAAGGGGGAUUCGUCACAAUCUCUAUGGGCUGUGGUUCAAGGAUGUUGCUGUGCUGCACGAGAAGUAUGGGCGCGUAGUUAGAGUAGGUCCCGACGAGAUCGCUGUCGACGGCGAUCCAGGUUGGGAAGACGUGUUCGCGUUCAGAAAACAAGGCAAAAAUGAUUUUGCGCGAGAUCCUGCAUUCUUCAACUCAGCCACCGACGGAACAGUAGAGAGCAGCAUCUUUCUUACAGAUCGUGCGGGCCACAGCCGACAACGCCGCAUUCUUUCCCAUGCUUUCUCGCAAAACGCAAUGUAUGAGCAAGAGCCUCUCAUCAAGCACUACGUGGACCUGUUCAUCUCUCGGAUUAGCGACUUUGCAGCAUCAGGCACUGCAACCGACAUUGUCAAGUGGUUUAGAUUAUACAACGUUUGACAUUAUCGGUGAUCUCAUGUACGGCGAGCCAUUCGAAUGUCUAGAAAAGAGCGAGAUGCAUCCUUGGGUGGCACUGAUCUUCGACGCUAUGCGUACUGGCGAGAUGAUAGUGUUU